CCCGCGAGCGCGGCGGCUUAGGCCGCGCAGCUUGGGUGUGCGGCUCUGUCCCGCCUCGGCGACCGGUUCUCCGCUUCGUCCCCGCCUGUUGAAGGAGGGACUGCUUUAGCUGCCUUGCAGGGACGACUUCGUUGUCUUUCCUCUCGCUUUCUCCACCGUCGCACGCGUGACGCGCGCCUUCGUUGCCCCGGGGCAUUUUUUGUCAGGCUCCGGGCCCUCAGCUAGGCCCGUUUCUCCUUCAGGGAGCCAUGUCCGAGCAGACGGGCUUGGCCGUGCCGCAAACCAUGGACAGAAGCUGCUGGGUUUGUUUUGCUACUGAUGAGGAUGAUCGGACAGCAGAGUGGGUGAGACCUUGCAGGUGCAGGGGCUCUACGAAAUGGGUUCAUCAGACUUGUCUGCAGCGCUGGGUGGAUGAAAAGCAAAGAGGAAACAGUACUGCUAGAGUUGCUUGUCCUCAGUGCAAUGCAGAAUAUUUAAUAGUAUUUCCAAAGCUAGGUCCAGUUGUUUACGUUUUGGAUCUUGCAGAUCGCCUGAUCUCAAAGGCUUGUCCAUUUGCUGCAGCUGGAAUAAUGGUGGGCUCUAUAUACUGGACAGCUGUUACAUAUGGAGCUGUGACAGUGAUGCAGGUUGUGGGUCACAAAGAAGGUCUUGAUGUCAUGGAGAGAGCUGAUCCUUUAUUUCUUUUGAUUGGGCUUCCCACUAUCCCAGUCAUGCUAAUACUGGGCAAGAUGAUUCGUUGGGAGGACUAUGUGCUCAGACUGUGGCGCAAAUAUUCUAAUAAACUACAAAUCUUGAACAGCAUAUUUCCAGGCAUUGGGUGUCCUGUUCCUCGUAUUCCAGCAGAGGCCAACCCUUUGGCAGAUCAUGUCUCUGCUACACGUAUUCUGUGUGGAGCUCUAGUUUUCCCUACUAUUGCCACGAUAGUUGGCAAGCUGAUGUUCAGCAGUGUGAACUCAAAUUUACAAAGGACCAUCUUGGGUGGAAUUGCUUUUGUUGCUAUAAAAGGAGCUUUUAAGGUUUACUUCAAACAGCAGCAGUAUUUGCGCCAAGCUCACCGAAAAAUUUUAAAUUAUCCUGAGCAAGAAGGAGCAUAAGGCUGAGGUCUCCAGACGUCAUACAGCCUCACCUAACAGGUUUCCUUGUUGUAUUGGUUCCAUCAUUAUUGCACAGUAGUAGAGAAUUGAGAUAAGUUGCUGCUCCUGUUUUUUGUUUUUGUUUUUUUUCCUUUAAACCUAAUAAAGCACUGUAUCACAGCAGGGUAAAUCCUUUCAGCAACCACCAAACUGAAGAAUGUGUCUUGACCUUCAUUAUUUUGGGGUAUUUGUUGUGCAACAGGCUUCUGAAUUAUUGGAUUUGAGCCAAUAUGCUGAACAGGACAAAAAAAAUAAACAACAGAACGAAAAAAGAAAACUUAAAUUGUGUAGUUCAUGUAGGCUAUAUCCAAAUGGCUUUUCUAUGUGUUCUCAUACCCACACUACCAUCCUGUUCAUUUCACACAAGGAAGGGACAUUUAGAAAGAAAAUAUGAGUUGUUACAAAGAAGUAAUUGUAAGACAGCAAUCAAUAAAGAUUUUCUUGUUUUUUGCUGGUAUUAAACAGGAAGUGUAAAAUACUCAAAAGACUGGUCAGAGACAGCAGAAGACAGACUGUUCUCUUACAGGACUUGUGUGUCAGCUCUAGCCACCUAAGUUGAAAUCAGCAUGGCUUCCAGGUGACUGUUUUAUUAUUGAUAGUUUUUACUGUCCUGUUGUAUCUUCUGCAGUGUCUAGCGUUACUUCUCAUGGUUCUUUUUAACUGGUGCUGGAUAGCACUUUCUUCCUCCCAAGUUAAAAUAAUUACAUGGGGGAGUCAAUUUCAGUUGCUUAUUUUGUAAUUAAGUAUUAGAGCACUUUGUUUAAUUUUCAUGUCCCUUUAGAUUAUGUAAAUAUUCAUGCAAGUAAAAAGAGCAGUACAAGUGUGAGGAAACAACAUUGGACACUAAGGCUAUAUAUAAACUGACAGACUGGGGCAUCCUUCUGAACUUCCAGACCUGGGAGCAUAACUCAUCUCUGUGCCAGGACUAGGCUUUUCCUGCCCAUACCAGCUGCAGUGGAUGGAUCCUAGUGGAAGGACUGGCUUGAAGGGUGUGACACUACACUUUGGGUACCUAACGUGUGGUACAUACCAGUAGGCUAGACACUCUUAAGGCAACUUGGAUCUGUUCUGUAAAGGAUUAGAGGAUAAAACUUAAAUGUGUCAUUUAAGUUAGUUUACACAGUAAGCUUUACUGUUGCAGCGUGUUCAAAGUAGCCAUCUGAAGGAGACAGUAGCACUUCAGUUACUGAUCUGUUUAUAAACAUACUUUCAACAGAAAUUAACUGUUUUGUGAAGUAAAAUUUUGACAAACGUAAUACGGCCAUUUGCAAUUCAUACCAGACCUAACUUAGACUCAGCAAGAAGUUUUAUUAACAAUUUGUUUUCCUCAAAUUUGUUUUUUUUUUUUCCUUCUUCAUAUUAGUAUGUCAAAUGCCUGGAGAAAGGUUUUAAAAAAAAAAAUCUUUCACUGGAAGUAUUCAUAAGUAAAGAUUUCUUUUCACCAGAAAUUGAGUGAAGACUGGACUUCACAUUUGACUGCAAUAAUGUAUGUUAGAGAAAUUAAAAAUAUGGUACCUUUUCUAUAGUAUGUUAAUUACUGAGAUGUAAUAUUUUAGAACUGUACAAAAAUGUAUAUAAUGGCCAGCUAGUAUUCAAAAACUAUACAGGUAUUGAAAAAUUAUACAUUCAAGCGAUAUUGAAUACUUUUGAGGUUCUUGCUGUAACUGAACAGUUACUAUAAUCUUGUGAGUCUGCUGAUUAUAUUUGUCUUAGUGUGCUCACUUUUAUAUAAAACUACAAACUAUAUAGCAACCACUGAAAGUUGCUGCUUUCUGUAAGAUAGUCUUGAAACAAUAUAAUACAUAUUUCUUACAGAAUUCUUCAUUUUGAGAAAACAGCUUUUCAGUAGUCUUCACUGUAUAUAUUUCCAACUAUUUUUGAAGUGUUGUGAAGAAUUGAAUGAUGCCACUUAGUAGAUUUGAAACUUGUUCCCUGGGAAAGCUCAUUGUCUCCUCUGGAAAGUUAAAGCUCUUGUAAAAAAACACAAUUAUAAAAAUUCUGUAUAGAUUAUCAAAUUAUUUCACCUGAGUGGCAGGUCUUUACUCUGUUGUAAAUCUUGUUUUUAAGUAUUGCAAAUUAUAGUUAUGUUCAAUUAGGUUGAAUAAAUAUUUUUUACACUCCCUGGUGUAUUUUGUCAGUUGAACAAAAGCCUGUAGCAGAACUUCUGAAUUAAAAAUGUUUUGUUUUAAUGCAUA